UGAUCAUUCAUUAUAAGUGGAAGACAUAGCAAGGCAUCACGGUGCAACUUUGUGCGAAUUAAUCCACUCUUGGAAAAUCAGCGUUUCCUCUUCCACGACACUUUUGGUGGACUUUGUAAUUGCCAAACUGUCUUCCGCUUCUCAGUACAAAGCGUACUUGUAUCUAAGAUUGGAUUUUUCAUUUACAACCGGUGAGCAUCUCUGCGAUACGAUCCGAUCGCUUUACGCGAUUCGCCCGCGGCGAAAGAGUUAAAAACCAAUCUUAUCGCGGAAGAGAAUCCUGACUGAAUCUAGCAUCGUAGAAGCGAACUUAACGAUUCAAUCUCUGACGUCUCUCGUACUAGCAGUGCAAAAAUAUGAUUGUUUUGGCAGUUCUGAUCUCAGAAUGGUCUUUUUUGACCAUUUUUCUAUCGAUCUGCAUGGUCACGCUCUCGGUGGUGGCAUUGAUGAUACGGAGGGCUAAGUUUUUGUACGCCUUAAAGAACGUGCCAUAUCCCACAGCAUUGCCGAUUGUCGGUAACGCUUAUCAACUCAACUGCACACAAGAAGGAUUCUUUCAGAAGUUAACAAAAUGGGCUAAUAAGUUUGGUGAUAUUUAUCUGAUCUGGGUCGGCAUGCGGCCUUUCAUCUUUCUUUAUCGAAUAGAAUCAGUGCAACCUCUACUCAGCAGCAGCGUACACAUUGAUAAAAGUCUAGAGUACCAAUACUUGAAGCCUUGGUUAGGUACGGGACUGGUAACCAGUUCUGGUGAAAAAUGGCACAUUCGCAGGAAGCUGCUGACGCCCACCUUCCAUAGCGGCCUCCUGGAGACGUAUUUAAAAACUAUAAAAGAAGAGACGAAUGUUCUAAUUUCCUGCCUUGAAAAAGAAGUGGACAAAUGGUUCAACAUUGUUCCGUUUGCGAAACGCGCCGCUCUUGAUAUUAUAUGUGAUACUGCGAUGGGUUACAAGCUUAACUCGCAAAAGAACUUCAAAGUUGACUACGUCGAGGCUGUAGAUAAGAUUGCAUCUAUCGUACAAAUGCGCUUCACAAAUGUAUGGUUAUCAUUUGAUUCAAUUUUCAAAUUAACUAAGUCAGGCAAAGAGCACGAUCAUUCAAUUCAAAUCAUACAGGAAUUUGUCAGCAAGGUAAUUGUAAAAAGAAAAGCCGAAUGGAAAAGUGAUACCAACUUCAACAAUUCAAAGAAGAACAGACGGGCCCUGCUGGAUUUAUUAUUACAAAUAUCACAAAAUGGCACUAUCCUUUCAGACGAAGACAUUUGUGAAGAAGUAAAUACUUUUAUGUACGCUGGACACGAUACGCUGGCCACCAGCAUAUCAUGGACACUUUACGCGCUAGGACGAAACCCCGAAUACCAGCAAAAAAUUUUAGAGGAAUACAAUGAUAUGGCGGUGGACACGAAUGAAAUUACAUUGGAGAAUAUACACAAAUUAACAUGGUUGGAAGCUUGCAUUAAGGAACAGUGGAGAUUAUACCCUGUGACUCCACUUAUAGCAAGACAAAUUUACAAACCAAUUGAAAUAAUGAGCAGUCAAAUUCCACCAGGCUCGACAGUUCUCAUCAACUCCUAUUUACUACAUCGUGACGACCGUUUUUUCCCAGAGCCGCACGUUUAUCGACCGGAGCGAUUCUUGCCCGAUGGUCCCAAGUUACCUCCUUACGCUUUCAUACCCUUUAGCGCUGGCUCGCGCAAUUGCAUCGGCUGGAAAUUUGCCACAUUAGUGGUUAAAAUAGCCAUCUUAUCUGUGCUAAAAGCCUUCCGUGUGGAAGCACUCGAUAAAGAGGAUGAAUUGCGUUUUAUAUCGGAAUUGGUGUUGGUCAACGCAAACGGACUUCGUCUUAAAAUCACACCGCGUUAAAAUCCUGAAAAGAGUUCAUUAGUGCUUAGUUAAAUUUCUCUUUCCUAUAAUCAAUCAAAUGUUUCGAAGCAUUUGUAGCGCUAAGUAGACACCGCACACUAAAUUUUUUGACAGAUAAGUUUGAAAUAUAUACAGUAAAUAUAAAAAUAAUUAUUAAAUUAGUACUAGUUACUUAAAAGAUAUAACUAAGUUAAGUUAUAGUUACAGAUGGAAAAAAGUAACGAAGUUAAAUUAUAGUAACCGAAAAAGAUUCUUGUCUCCCCAGACAAGACUUUAAUUAAAAAAUAAUUAAAAUUACAAAUUUUGUUUUUUUCCUUAGAUUUAUCAUUAUUGCCUGACUGUAGAUAUGCUAGGACGCUCAUUAAUUUUUAUUGAUUCAAAGAACGAUUUGCACGAGCGUAUUGAAUGCCACUUCUGUUUGUGGAAACUAGUGAUGAUGUACUUUAUUGAUAUAUAUAUAGUCAAUAAAGAAACUUCCUACGCCCAGAGAAUUUUUUUUCAGAGAUGGGAAGUAACUCCUUAUUUGUAACAAAGUUAUAAUUAGAGUUACUUUUUUUCAGUUACUGUAACUUAACUUUGUUACUUUUUUCUAUCUGUAACUAUAACUUAACUUAGUUAUAUCUUUUAAGUAUCUACAGGGUGGGCCAUCUAUUGGUACGUUUUUGAAUUUCGUCGUAUGGCAACACCGAACGAGCUACA